AUGAGUCAUUUCUAUGAUUAUCAAUCUUCCACUUAAAUUUAAAUCAGGUAUUACUAAACAAUGCUAUCUCAAGACAGAAAAUAGUUUUGGAAAAUCUAAUCAAUCAAAAAUAUCAACCAAAAUCUAAAUAGACAUUCAAAAAUUUCAUUCUCAUAUCACAAUCUAAACCUUAGACUUAUAGAGAUAAGAUUAAUCAAUCUUAAGAUAAAAUUUCAAGUCCAAAAUUAGAUUAAAAUAUAAUUAAAAAUUCUUUGCUUUAAGAUAUUGGCUAUAUUGAUUUAGAAAUUUAAAAAAUGACUGAGGAGUAUCGGUCUUCACUUAAUAAAACUUAAUUAAUAAAUUCUAAUAAUGAUUUUAAUUAUUUACAAGUUGUUCCUACUUAAUAUAAUCAAACAGAUGUUUCGAAGUCAAAUCAUUAAAUUUCAAUAAAUAAAAUUUAAAAUUCUCAUAAUAGUUAAUAAACUUUUUCUAAACUUAAUCAAAUUUCUGAAAUUUCAUAUUCAAAAUUAGCAGAAUCUAUUAAGAGUUAUUCAAACUAAAAAAAAGCACUUGAAGAUAAAAUUACAAACAAACCUAAAAUAUAACCAGAUAAUAUUCUAUAAAUGAAGAAAUAAUCUAAUCUCGCCGUUUAAUAGACAAAAACAAAUGAGAUCAAUAACUCUUAAGCGAAGUAAAUUAAUCAUUUCAUAUUUUAGAUUAAAAAAUCCUAAACUUAAUACAUUAAUUUCAAAAAUCAAUUCUGAAAGAAAUAAACCUACAUAGAUUAAACCAAUUUUAAAGUAGACUUCUUUUCAUCCAUAAAAUUGUUGUUCCAUACAAAUUAAUCUUAAUCAAAAUGUAAUUCAAAUCAAUAAUUCAUAGACUUCUAAGUAAUUUAAAAAUAAGAAAGAUGAAAUCAUAGAUGAUUAUUAAUUAGAUAAAGCUGUUAAAAUUUUUAAUUCUUUAAAGAAAUUAAUUAAUUUAAACACUGUACCACAAUAAUCAGUAAAAAAAUAUAAAGAUAAUAAAAAUCAAAUCUAUUAAUGA